AUGCAGUUCUUGGAGCGUUCGUUACUAGUUUUUACGCAGUACGAGAACUGCAACGAUGCCAAUACCUUGACUGCAGUAUCGCUUCUUGGGGAUGAAAAACUAGCAGCUACAGCGAAGAAAACGAAAAAUCCGCUACUUCCGACGAUUUCCGAUGGAACGGAGGACGAUGACUCGGUGAAACUAUGCAACAUUGCCCUGUUCGAGACUGCACAAAUCCUCGGCUACAAUGAAAAGGCGGCAAAUGAGCAAAUGGAGAUGAUCGCGUGUGCUCACCACGGCGAGUGCAUUGGCCCCAUUGACGACUAUUCUGACCUUUUCCGAGCCAAUUUCGGUGUUAAGGGUCACACUCGCUGCUUCUCUAUCAUGGAAGACCUCGUGGCUGGUAGACGAAUCAUCGGGAUUCCGACGUGGCGAGAGAUCUCGAGGCGCUUUUUGCCGUGCCCUUUGCAGGAUGGAGAGGACUCGGAAGAAUCGGAUGAGGCUGUUGCGUUGGAACUCUGA